GCUGGCUGCUGGCGCGGGGAGGGCUCACCGCCUGCUUCCGCCGCCCGCGGGAGAUUCCCCUGGGCGGCCGCCCGGGGAAGUCCCGGAGCGGCGGGUACAAGAGCGCGGCGCGGCGCGGCGCCAGCGCGCCACAGGCCAGCAGCCCCCAGCCAUGUCGCGCGGCCUCCAGCUCCUGCUCCUGAGCUGCGCCUGCAGCCUGACGCCCGCAGCGUGGGAAAUGACCGUGGCUUGUUCGGAGGAUGUGGAGUUACCUUGUACCGCCCCCCGGUACCCGCAGAUCCCCUACACUGUCUCCUGGGCCAAGCUUACGGAGCGUGGUGAAGAGAAGAUCGAGGUACCCCAGGAAGACCUGCAGAACUAUCACCAGAAGGAGCCGAAUGGCUCUUUCGAGCGCCCCGGUGAAAGGCUGUAUGCCCUGAAGAUCCAAAAGACUACCGGCUGCAGCUCGGGGACAUACAUAUGUACUCUGGUGGGGCCGGAAGGGCAGAGAAACCAAAGUGGCACAGUGAUCUUGAAAGUGACAGCAUGCCACAAGGAUUGCAAAGAAGAGACUUUUAAGAAAUACAGAGCUGAGAUUGUGCUGCUGUUGGCUCUGGUGGUUUUCUACUUGACACUCAUCAUUUUCACAUGUAAGUUUGCACGGCAACAGAGUAUUUUUCCAGAUUUUUCUAAACCUGGCCUGGAACGAGUUUUCCUCCCGGUCACCUCCCCAAACAAGCACUUGGAGCCAGUGACUCUUCACAAAACAGAAGUAGUAUGAGCAGGAUUUCUGCAGGUUGUUUUUCCUAAAGGGCUCAGCGGUGUGCCUAUGUGUCACACAGGACAAGAGAAGAAUGUGCCCCACACCCAAGGUGGUGCCUUCCUGUGAAGUCCUGCAUCUGACUGAAAACACCUGAAAAUGGAUCCCACCCCACUCUUUGUGAAUAGGACUUUGAAAACCAUUACGUGACCACGUAGCAUGGGGCCACCUGUAGGGUGCUCUCCAGUGCUGCUGCUUCACCACUACUUUCUCAGCGUUUUAUUCAGCUAUCUGGUCAAUCUCAUUGAAAUUUUUCAGUCAUAUGAAAGCUAUGGUGUGAUGCCGUUGGAAAAGAGUCUUGGGAAAUAUGAAUCGCCAGAGCUGGCCCUGUGACAGACUCUUGAGGACAGCUGUCCUCUUCCACAUCUGAGAAACAUCUCUUCGAAUGUGCUGUGUUUUCUUGUGCUAGCCCAGAUGUUUUAUGUCUGGGAGAAAUUGACAGGCCAAGCUGUGAGACAGUGGGAAAUAUUUAGCAAAUAAUUUCCCGGCAUGAAGGCCCAGCUAUUACUAAGGAGUGUUAUGUGUACACAGAAAGAAUAGGUCGAUGAACUGUUCCCCAAUAGGGCCUUUUCAUCUGGGCAAGUCCUCUCUAAAGAAGCAGUAAAGAAGAGUCUCACAUUUAUUUUUAUAUCUCUAUAUAUGCUUGUCCAAGAAGGAUUUGUGUUUUUUGUCCUUUUGAAAUCUAUGUCUACAGUUAGAUAUCAUCGCUAACCGACAAGCAACCUGAAUACGGAAAGUGAGAAGAUGUCAGAGAGUGUGAUGAAGGGAUAGAGAGCUGUCAGUGACAGGAAGGCAAUGCUGGACCAAUCACGCAAUCUGGGUUCUAGCCCGAGUUGUCCCACUACCAAGCUGUAUGAUCUUGGGCAAAAGUCUAUGGUUUCUGCUUUCUCAGUUGUAUGGCCAAAGGUGGUUGUAUGAGUUGAUGGAAAUAAUGUGUGUGAAAAUGCUCUGAACAAGUAUAAAGCACUAUACAAAUUCGAA